UGUUUGAGUGCUCACUUCUCAGUUCUCACUUCCUCCAACUCCUUACUAAACUUGUUUAACAACACACUUCCCACUCCUCCAGCUAACAAUCUCACCGCUAAAAUUGUAUCAUCAAAAUCAUCCUCCAAUCAUCAUGAUUCUCAAGCAGUUGUGAAUCUCAAAUGGGGGAGGAGGACGCUUGCAUUCACCUCCACAUUGUCUUUCCUACUUCCUCUUGAUACAUCUAUGCCAGCUUUUGCUGCUACUGACGAGGAUGAAUUUCAGCUCAUACAGGGAGAGGUGAGGAAGGUGUUGACCAAGAGCAAGGCUCCUGGUGUACUACGUCUUGUCUUUCAUGAUGCAGGGACUUUUGAAAUGGACACAAAAUUAGGUGGAAUGAAUGGGUCUAUAGUUUAUGAACUUGACAGACCAGAAAAUGGAGGUCUGAAAAAAUCGUUGAAGAUUCUACAGAAAGCAAAGAGCGAAAUUGAUGUGAUACAGAAAGUCUCGUGGGCAGAUAUGAUUGCUGUUGCUGGAGCAGAAGCUGUUUCAAUUUGUGGAGGUCCCUCCAUCCCAAUUCAGUUAGGCAGAAUAGAUUCAAUGGUGCCUGAUCCUGAAGACAAACUUCCUGCAGAAUCAUUUGAUGCUUCUACCCUGAAACAGUGCUUUCAAAAGAAAUGUUUCUCCGCACAACAGCUUGUUGCUCUGUCUGGUGCUCAUACUAUUGGAGGUAAAGGGUUUGGGGAACCUACAGUCUUUGACAAUUCAUACUUCAAAAUACUUCUUGAAAAGCCAUGGUUGUCGUCAGCUGGUAGUAUGAUCGGUCUUCCCUCAGACCGAGCACUCGUCCAAGAUGAUGAAUGCUUAAGUUGGAUCUCAACUUAUGCGAACAACGAGGAUUUGUUUCUUGAAGACUUCAAGAAUGCUUAUAUCAAACUUGCAAACUUAGGUGCCAGAUGGAGAAAAUCAAUAUAAUUGCGCUGCUGGAAGAAUGCUUUUGUCAAACUUUUAGAUCCUAGUCCUAGUUGGCAUAUUCGAACAUGAUCUUCAACAUGUAAAUUCUAUUGUAAGAAAAAAGCUGGAUAGGCAGUUGAAAUUUUAAUGGUAAAGUGAUUCUUUUUUAAUCUUAAAGCAGCAUUCUCAGCUA